AUGGCGACCAACACUCUCUUCCAGGAAUACCCCGCGAGAGAAUUCGGCCCGAACGAUGUCUUUGACUACCAUCUGGGCGACCUGAGUCUUUCUCCAGAAGACUGCGACUUGAUUGCCAGGAUGAACGGGUUCGACACGGACCCCGCAUCCGAAUUCUCCUCGGAGCCGUGGUUCUCUGAUUUCGUCAACUAUGAUGCUCCUGACGGCCUCCUGCCCGGUGCGUUGGGCAACCUGGGCGCAUUCCCUGAUGCGGGUCCCAUGGGCAACGUGGGAAUGGUUCCGAACGGCGGGUUCUUCGAUCCCUCUUUCGACUGCAACACCAACAACGGCCAAUUUCAGGACAUGGUCUUGUAUGACCAACCCUACGACUUGACCACCACCAUUCGACAAGCGGUGGAAGCCCAAGCUGCGGUGAACACCAGCUGCUCCUCCCAGAAGGAGAAGCGCAUGGAAGCAUCUAUUGCUUUUCACAUGCAACGCCUUCAGGAAUCCCCGCUUACCGACCCUUAUACGAGCCCCGAGUUCUCGUCCCCGUCCUCCUCGUACAUGGGCCAAGGUAGUGCGUCUCCAACUUCAACGGGAGCAAGCCAAACACCCGCCUCUGCGACAACAGAUGGCGUGUCCACUCCUACACUAUCUGGACCAGACCAGCCGGGUGGUGUUGAAUUGGUGCUUGACUUGAACAUGAAUGCAACGACGAACCUCCCGAAGAAGCACAAGCCUCGAUCACAAGCCCAGCGAGACAACUACAUCAAGGUUCGGAAGCAUGGUGCUUGUGAGAAGCACAAAAAACAGCAUAAACGGUGCAACUGCCUUGAGAAGAAGGCAAGCCUUGUCGACGUUCACGAUGGCACGAUAAUUCAACCACCAAAGCAUGCAACGUUGCAAUCAUUCGCUCCUCGCUCGACACAGUCAUCGCUACCGUCGAGAAGUACGCCCAGGGAUACGGCACACGAUACGCUUCUCGAUUUAGCGCACAACCCAACACACAUCCCACGACCACCACGACCAUCGAUUCAACCCAUAUCCAGGAACGAUACGGACAUACAACCACACAGCUCUACACCAAGGUGUCCCAGAUCAGAGAUCCUUUGGUCACUAUACCGUCGACACGACCGACCGUCGUUGGACUAUGCAGCUCAGCAUUCUGUGUCUGUUAACGACAAGCGAGCCAAGCUACCAACUGGACCGCAAAUCCAGCUUGCAAGCAACUCGCGUGUUGUCAAUACAGAUACCCAGCAACUUGGCAAAAAUGAAAUCUCGAGACGCCUACAGUCUCGCUCGACUCUGCAGAAUCACGAUACUGCUCAGUCCACGUGCCAUACUUACACUAAAGGCAGCCGGAUUGAACACAUCCACCAAAGACAGAGCCACGAAAAGAUACAAUCGACUGGAACCAGAGCUGGUAUGCUACCAGUCCGCCCUCCAGCCACUGCCAACGCACCUGGCACAACGCCAUUUGCGAACAAUGCACAGAAUCACACCCUUCCCAAGUAUGCUGGGCGGUUACAGAGAACGCUCGUAUCGGACAAAGCACCAUCUAUUAUUACGUCUGGCACGCUUCCAUCUGGAAGCAACGGGAAGAAUCGCACUCCCGAAUGUGCUGGACGAAAGGUACAGAGAACGCUGGAAUCAACGCGCUCAUUCUGGCAAGCACCUGCAAUUACGACUCUACCUGGAAGCAAUGGAAAGAUUCGCACAGCUCGCGAAGAUGUUGGAAAGAGAACGGUGGUAUCGAUGCACAGUCAAGCGCCUGCAACUACGUCUGGAAAAAUUCUACCUGGAAGCAAUGCGCAGAGCACACUUCCCGAAUAUGCUGGGCGAGUUAUACAGAGAAUGCUGGGUUCAGUGUUCUCGCUCUGGCAAGCACCUUCUGCACUUACGUCCUUGGUUGGGUCGUACUUUGGCAAAGCUAUCAUUGGUUGUCUCAAACAGUAUUGGUCAGCUCGGAAGAGCCUUGGGAUAUGUGGUUCGUCUCGAAUCGUUUAA